UUUGCAAACUGUUGACAGCUUUAACAUCUUCGCCUCCGAUUGAAACCCACACAUAGGCCUACUGAUCUGUUAUUGACAAAUUUUUCUGCUCCAUGUCAUCGCCAGUAAAACCAGUAACAAAAGCCUGCCUUUCAAAACGUGGGUCUCAUGCAAAAGCAGAAAUCGUUCACAUUCUAUUGUGUACUGUUGUUUUGUACAGAACAUCAUAGGAUGUGGGAAAAUGUUGCAUCAAUUUACACCUGUGACCUGCAGAUGCACAUCUAUGUCACGUGAUUUAUUCUAAGCCUGCCACACAUUUCUUGUAAAUCACUCUGCUCUACAGUGUGCUGUUAAUCCCUCCCCCUAUUGGACAACUGGUUGUCAACUUAAUGCUUUUUGUUGUUAAUAUAUGCACAAACUGUCUCUUCAAAAUAUUUAAAAUCCAUGCCCCUUGAAACUCAUUGGCUGAAUUGAAAUAUGACCUAGGGAAACAAUGUCAUCAUUACAUUGUUGUUUGUAUAAAAGCUGAUGUGUAGAGACAAGAUUUGAACUUGAUUCCAGAUUUCAAUAAUCUUGCAGACCAGGAUUUACAGUAUCAUCGCCGUGGGAUGGCUUCCAAUAGCUGGAAAAGCAAAGUUCUUUUGAAUGUGCUUUCCUAUCUUGACUACAAGACAGGAAAAUUCAUAAUUGUAGGAAGCAAGAGAGUCGGCAGUUUGUACAGAGUUAUACAAUUAUCCAUCAUUGGAUACCUUGUUGGGUAUGUAUUCCUGAGCAAGAAGUCCUACCAGACCAAAGAGGAAUCUAUCCAGAGUACUGUGAUGACCAAACUGAAGGGAGUGGCGGUCACCAACACAUCAGAGUUCGGACAGAUGGUGUGGGGACCUGUGGACUAUGUCAUUCCACCCCAGGGGGAAGCAGUUUUUUUCAUUGUUACCAAUUUUAUAGAGACACCAAACCAGAAGUUGGGCAACUGUGCUGAGUUGUGGGGUAUUGUUCCACAGAGCCCCAAUGUGCCAGAUGGCCACUGUAAGGGAGAUGAAGACUGUGCAGAAGGAGAGUUGGUGGUAGCUGGCCAUGGAGUUAGGACAGGCCGCUGCUUGAGAGACAAUGGGAAAUCCAAUGGUACAUGUGAGAUAUAUAGCUGGUGCCCCAUUGAGAGAAGAUGCCAACCACAGGAUAGACAUAAACACAAGAAUAUGUUAAGAGAAGCUGAAAACUUCACCAUCUACAUAAAAAAUGUCAUCCGAUUUCCCAAAUUCAGUUUCUCAAAGGCCAACGUUCAAGACACGGCUGAUAAAUUCCAUCUGAAGAAAUGUCGCUACGAUGAGGCUCUUGAACCCUACUGCCCCAUAUUCCGUCUGGGAGACAUUGUUAACCAAACUGGACACAGCUUUCAGGACAUGGCUUUGAAGGGUGGUAUAAUUGGAAUUCUGAUUGGGUGGGAGUGCGACCUUGACAGAGAUCCCUCAGAAUGCCAGCCACGGUACGACUUUACUCACAUUGACGUUAAUGUGUCCAGAGAGUCCUCAGGAUUCAACUUCAGACAUGCUCGCUAUUUUAAAACUGGGUCUGGAGAAAGCUACCGAACACAUUUCAAAGUGUUUGGUAUACGCAUCAACAUUAUGGUACAUGGGAAGGCUGGAAAGUUCUGUAUCAUACCCACCAUUAUCCAUAUAGGCUCAGGACUAGCUUGUAUUGGUGGUGGGGCCUGGUUCUGUGACUGGAUUCUUCUUUACCUGAUGAAAAAUAGGGAGUUCUAUAAGGACUGGAAGUUUGAAAAUGUGAAGAACAGUACUACAGAGGAUGUAAAACAAACCCCAGAAGAGCAGCAGCUCACUGACCCAUCGCCUGAGGUUUAACACCAUGGCAGCAGCUCACUGACCCAUCGCCUGAGGUUUAACACCAUGGCAGCAGCUCACUGACCCAUCGCCUGAGGUUUAACACCAUGGCAGCAGCUCACUGACCCAUCGCCUGAGGUUUAACACCAUGGCAGCAGCUCACUGACCCAUCGCCUGAGGUUUAACACCAUGGCAGCAGCUCACUGACCCAUCGCCUGAGGUUUAACACCAUGGCAGCAGCUCACUGACCCAUCGCCUGAGGUUUAACACCAUGGCAGCAGCUCACUGACCCAUCGCCUGAGGUUUAACACCAUGGCAGCAGCUCACUGACCCAUCGCCUGAGGUUUAACACCAUGGCAGCAGCUCACUGACCCAUCGCCUGAGGUUUAACACCAUGGCAGCAGCUCACUUAGCCAUCGCCUGAGGUUUAACACCAUGGCAGCAGCUCACUGACCCAUCGCCUGAGGUUUAACACCACGGCAGCAGCUCACUGACCCAUCGCCUGAGGUUCAACACCAUGGCAGCAGCUCACUUAGCCAUCGCCUGAGGUUUAACACCAUGGCAGCAGCUCACUGACCCAUUGCCUGAGGUUUAACACCAUGGCAGCAGCUCACUUAGCCGUGCCUAGUUAAAUAAUGGUUAAAUACAAAAACAAAAGAAGCCAACGUAGAAGACAUGCCUGAGCGGGAUGCCACACAUUCUGGUCAUGAGGAGAGAGAGAGAAACUGUCGGAGGUUCUCUUCACUGUUCAACUAAUCCAUACUCUUUUAGGGUCCAGGUAGAAGCCUUUUUGGUUCCAGGCAGAACCCUUUUGGGUGCCAUGUAGAACAAAAAAUGGUUCUUCAAAGGGUUAUCCUAUGGGGACAGGCAAAGAACCCUGUUAGGUUCUAGAUAGCACCUUUUUUUUCUAAGAGUGCAGUAAAUGUGGAGGAGGAGUUAAGAUAGAGUGUUGCCUUGUUGAUAUUCCAGAUUGAAACAAAUGUAAAGAGCAAGCAAGCACGUGCCAUAGCUAGCUACUAGACAGAUAUUAGCUAGCGUUAUCUAGAGAUAAUGGAAUCUCUGACAAAGUUGACAUCAACCAAAUUAGUAUGUGGUGUCUGUCGACUUUGUGGCAAGAACUUAAUCUCGAGGAAAGACAGGAGGUUGGUGGCACCUUAAUUGGGGAGGACAGGCUCAUUGUAAUGGCUGGAGCAGAAUCAGUGGAAUAGUAUAAAAAAAUAUUUUACCUUUAUUUAACUAGGCAAGUCCGUUAAAGAA